GCGCUGAAGACGAGGUUUCAUGCAAGGUGUUCCUAGCCGCUCUGUUUUAAAUCCCGCUGCCGCUACCUUCUCUCUCGGCUCAUCGCGACGCGGCUAGGGAUCGGAUCGAGGACUCUUUUUUCGGGUCAGAUCGCAUUGCCUCGUUGAGAUCGAGGAAGACGGGGGAAACUGACGAUCGCUCGUGUUUACAGCUCGAUUCUUCAUCACUCACCGAUCGCAUUGGAUCUGAUCUUGCGGUGGAUGUGAGUCGGCUCGGCCGAAAGUUUCGUUCAAACCAUCAGAUGGGUUCUACUUCAGUCAAUGGAGUUGCAGAAAAAAAUGACAAGGGUAUUCAUUUUUCUGGCCUUCAUUUGGAUGGUCUAGCAACACAAAAGUCCAGGGAGGCAACCUCAAAUUCAGCGACUGACAGAGAGCCUUUUGUAAUAGGUGUUGCUGGUGGAGCAGCUGCUGGAAAGACAGCUGUCUGUGAUAUGAUAAUUGAGCAACUCUGUGAUCAAAGGGUUGUUGUUGUGAAUCAGGAGUCUUUUUAUUAUGAUUUGACUGAUGACGAGGUAAAUCAUGUACACGAAUAUAACUUUGACCACCCAGAUGCAUUUGACACUGAACACUUGAUUUCCUGUAUGGAGAAGUUGAGGCAUGGGCUUGCAGUUGAUGUCCCAAACUAUGAUUUUAUAACUCAUAAGAGAAAAUUGCCACCAAGAAAGGUAAAUCCUUCAGACGUAAUAAUUCUGGAAGGGAUUUUAGUAUUCCAUGAUUCACGUGUUCGUGAAAUGAUGAAUAUGAAGAUCUUUGUUGAUACAGAUGCUGAUGUGCGGUUGGCAAGGAGGAUAAGGCGUGAUACUGCUGAGAAAGGUAGAGAUCUCAAGACAGUACUCGAUCAGUACUCAAAAUUUGUCAAACCAGCUUUUGAUGACUUCAUACUCCCAACAAAGAAAUAUACUGACAUCAUCAUUCCCCGUGGUGGAGACAAUCAUGUCGCGAUUGACUUGAUUGUGCAACAUAUCCAUACAAAACUUGGUCAGCAUAAUCUCUGUAAAAUAUAUCCAAAUCUUUCUGUGAUCCAGUCAACUUUCCAGAUCCGUGGAAUGCAUACACUCAUACGAGAUGCGAAAACAACAACACAUGAUUUCAUAUUUUAUUCAGAUCGACUGAUUCGCUUGGUUGUUGAGCAUGGUCUAGGUCAUCUUCCAUUUAAAGAAAAGCAAAUUAUAACACCAACAGGGUCUGUUUAUACCGGCGUAGAGUUCUGUAAAAGAUUAUGUGGCAUUUCCAUCAUCAGAAGUGGCGAAAGCAUGGAGAAUGCUCUGCGGGCAUGUUGUAAAAGCAUCAAGAUUGGGAAGAUCCUUAUACAUAGGGAAGGUGAUAAUGGCCAACAGUUAGUUUAUCACAAUCUCCCGAUGGACAUUGCUGAUAGAAAUGUAUUACUUUUGGAUCCUAUACUAGGCACAGGCAACUCGGCUGUUCAAGCUAUUUCCUUGCUCUUGCAAAAAGGGGUACAAGAAAGCAAUAUAAUAUUUCUCAAUCUCAUUUCAGCUCCUCAAGGAGUGCAUGUUGUUUGCAAAAGAUUCCCAAGAAUCAAGAUAGUAACAUCUGAGAUAGAGUUCGGUUUGAAUGAAGAAUUUCGCGUCAUCCCUGGAAUGGGCGAAUUUGGAGAUAGAUAUUUUGGAACAGAUGAUAAUGAGGCGAUCUCUUGAUAAGAGACUCCAUCUAAAUUCUGUAAGUUUUUCUGAUACAAACAGGUAGAUAUGUACAAGUAGUAUAAGUUAUGUGCUCCUAAGCUUAAUCCCUGUAUAAAGAUCUAUUCUCAUUUUGCCUGCAAACUAUAUCUUAGAUGUCUACAAUCAUCUUACGUUUAGUAU